UCGGGCACCGUACAUUCGCGGAAGUCAUCGGAACCAUCACAUAGGAAGAUAUUUUUGCGGCAGUUUUCUCUGGAUAAUAUUUCCACGAGUUCCUCUUUUAAUUAAACUGUCUCUUCGUCUCUUUAUUCCAGGUCCUCGAUCAUGGAAGAUGAAUGGGAAGAGGAGGAACAACUUGUUGUGGUGGAGCUCUCCGGUAUAAUCAAUAACGACUUCCUGUCGAAGUGUCGGGGCACAUGCAAGAUACUGGAUAUUGACAGCGAGAAGCCCAUGAUGCAGUUCGGACAGUAUGUGUUUGCAGGAGAAUAUGAAGACUCAUUGGGAACUUGUGUGCUGUUCGAGGAGGGACCAAAGAAAGGACAGGCAGACACCGGUCCAGAGCUCAAGUACAUGUGCCACACUGUGAAGAAGCUGAUGAUGCAACGAAUCUUCCUCAUUGAAAAAAAAGAGGGUGAAACCAGCACAGUCCCAGCAGGAAGUGGUGAACAGAAGGACACAACCUGUCGGUCCCACCAAGAAAAAAAAUGACAACCACCUGGCUGAGACAGAAGAGAUGGACAACACAGAUUUGGUGGAAUCAGCAGGAGGUCAAGAGGUAGAGGCUUCGCAGCAUUAGGACCUUGCUAUGCGCCCAUACAAACACCAGCAUUUGUGAGGCUGUGCGUGACUCCUACAAAGACAGUUGGAUUUACAGUUGAUCUGUAACAAGGAGACGUUAUACUGUAAGUCUUGUACAAUGUUUCACAUUACUUCCAGAAAAAUAUAUACUACCUCAUCUUCACUGAGCCUCAGAAACAGGAUAAUUUUAUCUACCACACACCAUAAAAAUGACAAAAUGGUAUUCCAUCAGGUAAAUCCAUUUCUUUCAGAUCUAGGGGUCUUGGGACUGGACAGUUACAGAACUGUGAUCGAAAGCCUCAGCUUGGUCGUAGGAAGUGCUGUCCAUUGUGUCUUUAUUUUACAUUUGUAGUAAACUCAAUUUAGGCCUUUUGUCUGGACAAAAAUGUAGUAAAUUUCACUGGGUAUGUUUUCCUGUUUUAGAUGUUAGAUGCAUAGUAAGUAAUGAGUUGUAGUUGCAGCUCUAGACAGAAAUCUGCUGGAACUGCAAUCAGAUUUCUGAUGUGCUCUACACAUUUGAAUAGAGAUGUGCUCUACACAUUUGAAUAAAUGAGAGGGCAACUUGACUUAAGAAUAUGAAAAAUAUUCUCUGAUGUGUAAUAAAUUGAUUUCAAGUGAUGGAUUUAUAGCGUUCACCCCAAAAUAAUCAAUGUUGUUUUAUUUCUUAUUUAAGUAAAUUGGGCUCAUUAAAUCCUUUAAAAAAAAAUGUAUUCAGUGUUUUUUUUUUCUUUCAUUGUUAUUGUUUUGUUUAUGUUGGUGCAUUGUUUUGCAUUGAGCAUUUGUUUAGUAUGGAAAUGUUUGUCAGCCAGACACUUUUACCUUUUCAUUUUUUUUAAGAACUGUAAAUGAAUUAAAUAAAUAACUCUGCUGCUGCA